AUGGACCAGAGUGGAAUCACCCCGAAUACUUCCAAUCAGCAACUUGUUGCUAAUAGUGAUAGUAAUUCGGCAACAGCGCUUCUGCAUGAGAAGCAGACUAGAAGAAGAGAUACUUUUCGUGAUAUCCCGUUUAUCGAAUUCAUGACUGUCGGUAUACUAUGUUUUAUCAACCUCAUCAAUUACAUGGACAGGUUCACCCUGGCCGGUGUCCUGGGAGAUGUAAAAGACGAGUUUAAAAUCGGCGACGACCUCGCCGGCUUACUACAGACAGUUUUUAUCGUAGCCUACAUGGUAUUUGCCCCACUGUUCGGAUACCUCGGCGACAGAUACUCGAGGCGCAUUAUCAUGGCCUUUGGAGUUGCUUUAUGGAGUAUGACCACUUUAGCAGGCUCCUUUGCAGCCGACUAUACCCUGUUCGCUGUUUUCCGCGGUAUGGUGGGCAUUGGGGAAGCGUCUUACUCGACAAUUGCACCAACAAUUAUCAGCGAUUUGUUUGUCGGCAAUGUGCGAUCUAAGAUGUUAGCUGUAUUCUACUUUGCCAUACCCGUUGGCAGCGGCCUUGGAUACAUAGUCGGGUCUGUAGCCGGUGCUGCAGCAGGAGAUUGGCGGUAUGGUUUGCGAAUAACGCCUAUUCUGGGUGUAAUCGCCGUUGUACUUAUCAUAUGGGUCUUGCAAGACCCUCCUCGGGGAAUGGCCGAACAUAGCCAUAUGCAGCCAACGUCAUACAAGCAAGAUAUACGAUCCCUCCUUAGGAACCCAUCAUUCGUACUGACGACGAUUGCAUUUACUUGCGUUGCCUUUGUGGCAGGCGCUUUGGCCUGGUGGGGACCGCAAUUCAUCUACGUAGGAUUGUCUAUGCAACCGGACUCAAAUAUAACCAUUGAAAGCGUCUCGUACAAGUUCGGGCUGUUGGGCAUGUUCGCGGGCUCGCUGGGCGUGCCGCUGGGCGCGGCGAUCUCGCAGCGCCUGCGCGAGCGAGUUCCGGACAGCGACCCGCUCAUCUGCGGGUUCGCGCUGCUCGCCUCCGCCCCGCUUGUCUACUUCGCGCUCAUCUCCGUCUCUUCCUACGUUGGCCUCACAUACUUUUUUAUGUUUGUCGGCAUGACCACUCUCAACCUCACCUGGUCGAUUGUUGCCGAUAUUGUAUUGUACGUGGUGAUUCCACCACGGCGGUCUACAGCCGAAGCUUUCCAAAUUUUAAUUUCGCACAUGUUUGGAGAUGCUGGAAGCCCUUACUUAGUAGGAGUUAUCUCGGAAAAUUUAAAGAGAACACUAUCACCUAGGCAAGCACCUACCCCUCAAAUUGAUUUUAGUUCACUGCAGUAUGCUUUAUUUGUUACCUGUUUUAUUGAAGUCAUUGGUGGUGUAUUCUUUUUGAUUGCGGCUUUUUACAUAGUCAAGGAUAAAUUACAAGCGGACAGAGCUAUUGCUGAGGCAGACGGACACAGUUCAGAGCCAUCACACAGUACAGCCCAUGAAGAUGUCGAGGGAGAAUAG